AUUGGCUGCGACGCGCGGCUCAGGGCGCCGCCAGCCGGUGGGUGCGAUGUAGCGGCGGGUCGGGCCCGGGGAGAGGCGCCGGGGCCGGGCCCGGGGCGGGGGUGAUGCCGUGUCCCCUCCGCCGUGUCCCGCGUCCCCUCCGCCGUGUUCCGCGUCCCCUCCGCCGUGUCCCGCGUCCCCUCCGCCGUGUCCCGCGUCCCCUCCGCCGUGCGAGGCCCCGGCUGGCACCGGGCGGGGCGGCGGGCAGGCCGAGCCCCGCCGUCGGGCUGGAUCGGCUAAGCCCCGCGCGGCUGCAGGGCCUCCACGCGUGACACAGGGACGGGGCCGGAGGCUCCAGCAGGCGUGAUGCGGGGACGGUGGCAGCGCUGUGCGGUGUGACACCGGAACGGCUGCAGGACCCGUGCAGCCUGGCGCUGGAGCGGUGGUGGCUGUAGCGCCGUGGGACCGGCACGCCGUGACACCGGCUCCCCGCAGGGCGCCGGCCAUGGAGCCGGGCACCAUCGACAACCUCUCCAUCCUGUACCAGAGCUCCGAUUUCAUCGUGGUCAACAAGCACUGGGACAUCCGCAUCGACAGCAAGAUGUGGUACGAAACGCUGACCCUGCAGAGCCAGCUCAAGUACCGCUUCCCCGAGCUGGCCGACCCCGACACCUACUACGGCUUCAGGUUCUGCCACCAGCUCGACUUCUCCACCAGCGGGGCCCUGUGCGUCGCGCUCAACAAAGCGGCGGCGGGAAGCGCCUACAAGUGUUUUAAAGACCGGCUGGUGACUAAAGCGUAUCUAGCCCUGGUCAGGGGCCACGUCGCCCGGAGCCGCAUGACGAUCCGCUACGCCAUAGGGAAGAACACGACGGAGGGCAUGACCCACAUGAUGUGCAUCGACGGGACGGAGGGCUGUGAAAAUCCCAAGCCUUGCCAGUCAGAGCUGAUCGUGCUCGAGCACGGGUCCUACAGCGGAGACCCCGUAACUAAAGUGCUGCUGCAGCCGCUGACAGGUCGGACUCACCAGCUCCGGGUUCACUGCAGCGCCGUCGGCCACCCCAUCGUGGGGGACUUCACCUACAGCCACAAGAAGGACAGCAGUCCCUAUAGGAUGAUGCUCCACGCCUACUACCUGCGCAUCCCCACCGGCAAGGAGCUCAUCGAGGUCUGCGCGCCCGACCCCUUCGUCACCGCCAUGGACAGCAACUGGGUGCCCCAGCGCGUCACUCACCGGCUGGAUGAGACCAUCCAAGAGCUGAAGGACAAGAUGGUGCAGAAAGGGGAAGAGGAGGAAAGCCGGGACGCCGCGCUUGGUGGUGGAGGGGAAGAGGCACUGAGCGAAGCCAAGAGCCCGGAGACGGAGGAGCAGCGAGCCCGCUGCGAGCAGUGGUUGGCCGAGUGGGCUUUGGAGUGAGCACAAACCCACGCCUCUGCAUUUCCAGCCCAGUGCUCCAUUUUCCUCCCAGCGGGUCCCCGCGGAGCCCAGCGCUGACUCCACACCUGCACUUUCUGUACGCCAUGGCUUCCCUCACUUCUGGGGCUGGGAGUAGGCAGAUUUUCGCAGCGAUUAGGACGGGUUUCUUUUCUAACGUACGCGUCAUCCGUCUGGCCACUGGAUGCCCCUUUCCUAAUCCUGGGCCUCAGCAGCAGAGUCAGUGUGUCACGUACCAGCUUAGAGUGACCCCAAAGCUUUACAUCCCUGUCCCGGGGCUCGGGCCUUUGCCACCAGCAUGAUGGAUGUAUCCUCAGCCCCUCAGCGUUCGGAUGCUCAAACGCAGCCCGGGAAAGGGAGGGGAGAAAAUUCCGGGUGCAGCUUCGGUAUCCGUGUCCCCCCGUUCCCAUUCCCUUCGCUCCAGCCCUGCUGCGCUCACUGGCACACGCGUUGUGUGGGCGGGGGGGGGGGGGAGAUCAGGAGGCUGAAGUGCAGCCUGGGGACACCGACAGCCCCCCCCCCACAAUUCCCAGGGCAGCCCCGGGAGUUUUGCCCGUGGGUCUGGGCUGUGACGGGCGCAGGAGGGGUCCCUGCUUGCCCCCGAGGAUGUGCUGCCCACCCGUCCCUGCCCACGCGCUUUCCUUCCUGCCUCAGCCCACGUCGUGUGGUUUUUUGUUUUUUGUCUUUUUUAAAAAAGGUCUUUCGAAAGCGAGUGAGUUGAUACAGACGGAUUUUAAACUUUUUUCAAAUUUCUACGAGAAGAAUCUAGUCUUUUAGCAGUUCUGAAAUGCGGGUGGUCUCGGAAAUGAGUGUAUUUUUAGUACUCCUGUGGUCAGAUAGCAGCCCAAAGCUUUUUAAAUAGAUCUUAUUAUUCCUUCUA